AUGUAUCAGAAGAAGUGCAUGCGAACAGAACCGAUGGCAAUAAUUAGCGAACCAAUCUGUGGAAAUGGUGUUAUUGAGGAGGAUGAACAGUGUGACUGCGGUCUACCGUUGCUAUGUGACAACUGGAAUUGUCAUCCGGAAACUUGUACUUAUCGAAUACAACCGGUAGUAAUCUGGCUAUUCGGAGUCAGCCUGGUCUCUGUUUCGGCGAUUGUUCUGGCCGUUUUUCUCCGAUAUAGAGGAACAAUGCUGAAUUGCUUCAAACUCCACAAAGAACGUGACUUACAUUUCCAUCAAGCCAGAGUUCGUGCUCUCAGCUCAAGUCCUUAUCAAUCUCGCAAACGUAGCACAGUAACUUAUAAUUGCACUCGUCUGCAGGUCACCACUGGAUUAUCGACUCCGAGCUCUGUACCACACAGUACGACCUUGCAACGACCAAAACAACCUCCACCACCACCACCCAUAAAAGCUUCAAUUGCCGUCGAUCCUGGAACAUCAUACGCACGUCAGAUAAAUAAUCGAGAUGAUAUUUCAUGGAAAUUUGAGGAAUUUGACUCGGACGAAGAGGAUUCGAGCAAUCAGAAAACAAACUUCUCAUCAUAUCCAGGUCAACCGGGUGUACCAACAUGUCCCAGUUAUCCAUCAUUCGUGCCGAUAAACAGGGUU